CGAGCGAUACCUAAGUACAUCUCGAUCCGGUCGUCUCGGGCCCCGCGCGUCCGAUCCCAUUGGCGCGCCCCACUGUCGCCGCGCGCGAGCGAGACGCCGAGCGGGCAACGCGCGCGGUGCGACAAGGAGGCGCACGGUCAUCUUAGCCGGCGCGCCGCGUCCCACUGGGCGGGGCCGCGCCAAGGAGUGAACCUCAGAUGCGCGCAGAGCCGGCGGGGUCUCGGAAGGAUCGCACUGCAGUCGGCUGUCGCGGCCGCCGCGUACGCCCGCGCUUACGUAACGCCACGCCAACGCUGCCGCGAGUGCUACGUGUUGUUGCCCCUGCGUCGCCCGGGGUACCAGUGCCCGAGCGCGAACAGUGAACGGAAC